AUGGAAGAGUAUGUGCAGCAACAGGCAGAAUUCUACUCUGAUCGACUAACACACGACCCCCCUCCUGAUCCUGCAUUUGCAUCAGUGUAUCAGCCAGUCACAGACUACACUGAAAUGGCUAUGGACUACAAAGCCCCAAACGCUUAUCAG